UUACCGCAGCACUCAAGAUGACCUUAUUUAGCAGUGAUAUAUUUCGCAAUUUUACUACGUGAGAAUAUCCGGAUGUGUAUUUGUAAAAUGGCUGCGCUGUAAUGAAUGUGCGAAUUGAUGUGAAUUGCGGAGUUUUGCCUCGGAAACAUUUAAAUCUCCUUGUGAAUGACAGUGAAAUUUGACAGUCAAACAACAUAGGAAGGCCUUAGGUGAAGUCUUCUCCCCGUUGGAACGGGUCAGCAUGCAGGGAAAUGUGAUACUAUGGGUUCGCAUACUCUAGAAGUUAUCCGUCAAGGACUGUGGGGUUCAGUAACUGGCGGAUGGUAUUUUGACCCUCAUCAAGGAAUUUUCUGCAACACACUCCACUUGUAUCUGUGGAUAAUUUUGUUGUGCUUGCCCCUCACUUUUUAUUUGGCAUUCGCACCCACAGUAGCAGUAUGGAUCGUAUACAGCCUCGUCAUCACCAUCGCCUUCAGUGUGAUCAAGAUCAUAAGCUAUCGCAUGCAUUUCAUGUUCGACGUUGGCGAACCUGAUGGACCUGCUAACACAGAGGAGAAUGGGAAUGAGAAAGCAUCGGGUGAGAAGGGGGAGAGCGGGGAGGAGCUGGAGUCUAGCUCGCAGAGCAGAGACUUGGAGAAAGGAACAAAUAGCACUCUCAGUGCUCAUGGGCACAGCUCAUCAAGAAUUGGUGAGGACAGUGAUGCUAUUGAGAUGGUAGAACUCAACUCCAAUCGUCCUAACUAUCACUCAGGAGUAUCCAGCAGGACUAGAAGCAGGACCGCAUCUUCCAAUAAAAGCACCAAAGUGAAUGUGGAUGGUGCCUCUGGUAAUGGUAACAUUGAGGUAGAGGUACACUCUCAGAGAAAGGACCGAUCAGCAUGGGAGGAGACCCUUCUACAGGCCCUGAGCGCCAUUGAAAGGGGUCACAGGGAGAGCAGUCCUACCAGUGAUGAUGGGCUCGAUAGCAAUGAUCAGUCCCUUUCAGAUGACUCUAAACUCCAAGGCGCUGGCGGAGGCAGUGAUACCUCUGGUAUUGCAAUAGAGGAAGGAAUAAGACCUCGCUGUGUGACCACAUCGUUCCUAGAAUCCUGCGACGAAACAGAUGCACCAUGGAAAGAUAUGGACUCAUCCAAUGACAUCCGGGACAGAGCCAGACAAAAGUCAUCCAAGGGAAAAUCUUCAGCCAAGUCAGGCAAACACAGAACUAAAAGCUCUGGUAUUUCAAAGAGUGUUAGUAGCCAGGGAGUGUCCACAAGCAAUCGAACAGAUGAUGAGGAUGGGAGGGACUUGUCCAAGUUGAAAGAUCGUAAUCAGAGGACUUCUUGUAGAUCGUUGGAGAGCGAUCCAUGGGUGAUGAGGGCCGAUGAGCUCGCUUGGGAAGAUGAACUCGCAAUUAUGGAUCAGAUAUUUGCUCCUAUGAAAGUAGUUAAGGGAGAGGAGUCAUCGCAUUCAGGUGACGAAUCAGCCAAGAAAAGCGAUGUGGAAGACGAGGAGGAAAGUAUCAAAGAGAAGCCUCCAGCUACUAAAAAAAGUGACCUAGAAAAGGUUAUUGAUGUCAAGAAAACUAAAGGGAAAAGAAUCAGGAGAUCACAGUCUGAGUCAGACUCAGGACUGGAUCAGAGUAAGAUAAUUGAUUUCAGGACUAGUGGGGGUUUUACGAAUCCCAGACGUAGCUCAAAUGGGACUAGGGUAGGACCAAAGGUAAUUUCAGUUGGACCUUCCCCUGGGAGCUCAUCUGCUGUAUCAGCUAAAGCAGAAGCAGCUGCAGGCGGGACUGGAACUAAGUCAAAGAAACAUUCUAACAGUGAUAAAUCUGAGCGGAAAAAGCACCGUAGCACAGUUCCUAUCUCCCCGCUGGAGGAGAACGAUGCACAGUCUUCAAGAAAAAGCCGACACUCCAGUGGCCCAAGCUCAUCUACAGUUGGUAGUAAAUCUAAGCGAGACAGUAGCAAGGAACAAAAACGAAAGACCAAAGAGGGAGACAAACAACGAAUACGUCACACGGGUUCUAUAUCAACAGCUGAUCGCUUGAAUAAUAAUAAUGAAGUGCAUGUGAAAGGGACCCACACUGAAGAACCAAAGCAACCGCUUUCUGUAUCGUUAUCAGAAGGAGGCUCAUGUGAACCGUUGCCUUGUUUUGUUGUAGAUGACUGUGAAACAAGUGGACAAAGUGGCUCAAGUAACACCUUGACACCAGAACAUAGACUGCGGAGUCACUCUUCAUCGUCCAGCGUAAGCUCAGGAUCGGAUGAUAGCACUGUGAUCUCAGAACGAUCUGCAUUUCUAGGUUCCUCUGCCACACCUAGCACAAGGAGCACAUCAAGUUCAACAGGUCUGCAGUGGCUUUUUGGUCUAGAGGGAGAGACACCCAGCAGUGGCAGUAGCCCAUCUUCAUUUAGACGUCAGCCAGGUCCAAGUGAAGACGUAGCAAGCACAAGCUCCUUUGAUACGAGGAGCAGUGAUCGAUCUCAAGACAGGGCUAGAGAGGGAGCCAUUCCAAAGCGUAGGGCAAUUGUGGAGCGAAGUACAAGUGAAGACUCUGCUCGAUAUGAUGAUCCCUAUGUAGCUCCUGAUGGGACUGUUGUUAGCAACCGUCUCCUAAGCAAGAUGAUGAGGAGGAUGCUCAGAGAAGAAUCCAUCAGAUCACAGCUAGAAGGAGCAGUGAAUCCAAACUUCAGAAGGAGGAGAAGAUGGCAAGCCAGAUACGUUAGCUCAACAAGUGAAUCCCGACAGAGAGUGAGAAAUAGAAGUACCUUCCAUGGCUCUACGGCUGCAGAGGACGAGACCAGACAGAGGCAUGCAUCAGACGAAAAGUCAAGACGCCAUAACUCUGAUUCCACAGAAUCGCCAGGAAACCGAGUGAUGAUCCCCAACUCAUCUCCUCACAACCAAGCCUUGACUAUGCUGUCUAGGGCAGAGGGCAGGUACCUAGCUACCAAUCAUAACGAUACAUCUCCUGGCUCGGUACACUGCUUCCAAGAUGAGCAUGGUAACUGGAUGACUUACACAUUCAGUGACAAUAGUCCAGGAGUGGCUCAGAGAGUCGAAGCUGAUCAGAACCAGUCACCCGAAGCUUCCCCUUCACCACCCAAAGAAUCUACCAGCAAUGAAUGGGAAGAGACUUCAAGCUGUCAUUCAGACUCCACCGUCAUAUCCGUACCCAAGCCCAGGCCUCCUCCUCGGGCCUUACGUGCCAUCAGCAGCACAUCAGCAGGUGGUACCAGUGUGGGAGGAGGACAAGGCAUAGCCAGCAGUGGGAUAGAUCUGGAGCUGCCCACGAACAUCCUAGACCGCCUCACAGACCCACACCAGUGGGAGGCCACACUGACGGGGCUCUUUGAUGCCUACCCUAACAUGGACUCUAGUAGUACGUACGAGGAGAUGCACAGCAUGGAGAGUAGGUCGGCCGUGGCAGCCAGGGCCACGGGAAGGUGGAUACGCAAUAGGGACAACAAGGUCAAGGUCCUACAUAACUAUCGCUUCUGGGUGCUGCCCUGGAGGUCAAUACGAGUCAGCUUUGACAGGCUGGCAUUCCUGGCUCUCUUUGACAGGAAUCGCACAGUGGUGGAGAGUGUGUUUGCAGUGUUCCUAGCAGUACUAGUAUCCCUCCUUGGCUUUGCUGUCAUGACGCAAGGUUUCCUUUAUGAUUUCUGGCUAUUCUGGUUCUGCCUCAUUGUAGCAAGUUGUCAGUACUCUCUUAUCAAGAGUGUUCAACCAGAUGCUGCCUCCCCAAUGCAUGGUCAUAAUCCAGUGAUAGCAUACAGUAGACCGCUCUACUUCUGCCUAUGUUGUAGCCUGAUCCUUCUACUAGAUCAUCUCUCCAGUACGCUACCACAUCGAAACAGAACGCUCUUUGAGCUCUACAACUUUACCUUCACGUCUCUUGAGUUACUCAUCUUUGCAAGGGAUCUUUUAUUAGUGUUUAUACUGUUCUUUCCUCUGGUCUUCCUAGUGGGUCUUCUCCCUCAGUGCAAUACGUUUGUCAUGUAUCUUCUAGAAACAGCAGAUAUUCACAUAUUUGGUGGCAGUGGUACCACUGGUUUGGGAGCUGCUGCCUACUCCACCUUCCGUAGUAUAAUAGCUGUACUGGUUUUAUGCGGGUUUGCCUAUGGUGGCCUUCAGGAUGAAGAAGCUUCAUCUCAGCAUGUGUUAUUCUCUGUGUUUUGUGGGUUAGCUGUAGCUGUCAGUUAUCAUCUCAGUAGAAGUGCCUCAAAUCCUGGUGUUGUAUGGUCCAUCAUCAAGGAACAUGUAAUGCCAGAGGAACACAGAGGGAAUACUGAGGAGACUGAAGAAGAACAGAUCAGAGAUCCUCUCCCAGACAAACUCAAAAAGUCUGUGAGUGAGCGUCUUCAGUCUGACCUGAUAGUGUGCCUUGUGAUGGUAGCGUUUGUUACUGCCCUCCACGUCAGUACUGUCUUCACUGAACUCAUGCCUACGCUGAGCUAUGUGUUAUUCAUCAUAGCUGUAGUUGUAGGAUUCCUGCUUCAUUAUAUCUUGCCUCAACUUAGGAAAGAGCUUCCUUUUGCUUGCUUCUCACAACCCCUACUCAAGAGUAGAGAAUAUCAUCAGUUUGAAGUCAGAGAUGCAGCGAAGAUAAUGCUGUUUGAGAAACUGUAUGUCUGGUUAUGUUUUAUUGAGCGCCAUGUACUCUAUCCUUUGGUCUUUGUGAGUGGACUCACUACAUCAGGACCAGCCAUUGCCCAAAAAUUCACCCCAUUUGGUGGAGCCAUCCUAAUUAGCAUAUGUGCUGUGAAGCUCUUGAGAGGUGCAUACGGAGACACCGCUCGCCAGUACCCUAUCCUUGCCUUUACUGCACUCUUCUUCAAGUAUGAUUACACAGCUGGUUCAGAGACAUACCUCAAUGAUUACUUUGUCAUCCACUACUUCAUCAUGACCAUUUUACUCACAAAGAUCUAUGAAUGGUUACUGAAGCUGCAGUUUGUCUUCACCUAUAUAGCUCCUUGGCAGAUCACAUGGGGUUCAGCAUUCCAUGCUUUCGCUCAGCCUCUCAGUGCUCCUCAUUCAGCCAUGUUGUUUGUCCAGACGACCAUUUCAGCGUUGUUCUCUACCCCUCUCAAUCCUAUCCUCGGUAGUGCAAUAUUCAUCACAUCUUAUAUCAGACCAAUGAAGUUCUGGGAAAGGGACUACAAUACCAAAAGAGUGGACCAUUCCAACACAAAGCUCUCCACACAGCUCGAGAAAAAUCCAGGUGCUGAUGACAACAAUCUGAAUUCCAUCUUCUACGAGCACCUGACGCGAUCCCUGCAGGAGAGUCUAUGCGGUGAUCUGGUGUUGGGUCGCUGGGGUAAUGUGAUGGCCGGAGAUUGCUUCAUCCUAGCCUCUGACUACCUCAAUGCUCUGGUACACAUAGUGGAGAUGGGUAAUGGCUUCCUCACAUUCCAGCUUCGCGGACUUGAAUUCAGAGGGACAUACUGCCAGCAGAGGGAGGUAGAGGCUAUCACAGAAGGAGUGGAUGAAGACGAUGGAUGUUGUUGCUGUGAGCCUGGUCAUCUCCCCAGGAUGCUAUCAGCCAAUGCUGCGUUCGGUCAGCGAUGGUUAGCCUGGCAGGUGACCGCUAGCAAGUAUGUACUCCUAGGGUACAGCAUCUCUGAUAACUGUGCUUCUUCCAUGCUUCAAGUCUUUGAUCUACGCAACAUCCUCAUCACAUACUAUGUCAAGAGUAUCAUCUACUAUGUUGUACGCUGCCCGAAGCUCAGCCAAUGGCUUGAGAGUGAAUCCUUGUCUGCUGCCCUCGAAGACACCACUGUACCCAAAUACGUGGACUGUGACCCGACCUUUAACCCUAAGAUCGACGAUGACUACGACCAGGUCAAGAAGGGGGUGACCCGUGAUAGCUUCUGUGACUGCUAUCUGGAGUGGAUACAGCAUUGUGCAAGUAGAAGACAGGAGCCAAUCGAGAGUGGUAAAGAUUCUCAGCUGGUCACACUGUGCUUUGGGCUUUGUGUUUUGGGAAGGAGAGCUUUAGGUACAGCAUCACAUCACCUCUCAACAAGCAUCCUGGAGUCGUUCCUGUAUGGUCUCCAUGCGUUGUUCAAGGGUGACUUCCGUAUCACGUCCCCCAGGGAUGAAUGGGUCUUCCAGGAUGUGGAGAUGUUGAGAAGGUGUGUCGCUCCUGGAGUCAGGAUGUCCCUCAAACUACAUCAGGAUCACUUCACAUCACCUGAGGAGUAUGAUGACCAUCAAGCCCUGUAUGAUGCUAUCUCAAGCCAUGAACAGAACCUGGUGAUAGCUCAUGAAGGGGAUCCAGCUUGGAGGAACGCUGUCUUAUCCAACACUCCUUCCCUUCUAGCACUCAGGCAUGUAUUGGAUGAAGGAACAGACGACUAUAAGAUCAUCAUGCUCAACAGAAAGUACCUCAGUUUCAGAGUCAUUAAGGUCAAUCGAGAGUGUGUCCGUGGCUUGUGGGCGGGACAGCAGCAGGAGCUGGUCUUCUUGCGCAACCGCAACCCCGAGCGCGGCAGCAUCCAGAACGCAAAGCAGGCUUUGCGGAACAUGAUCAACUCUUCGUGUGACCAACCCAUAGGGUAUCCCAUCUACGUGUCCCCUCUGACGACAUCCUAUGCCGACAGCAACAAGCAGCUCAGCAGUGUGAUUGGUCGGCCACUCAGCUUUGCCUGUAUCAGGGAGAAUGUCGUCAAAUGCUGGACAAGGCUAGUACAGCGUUGUGUAGCAGGCUGCAGCAGCGGAGGGACUGUAAGACGGAGUGGGGAUAAGGAAGAAGGAGAUACGACCCAGCCGGGUACUGGGGGAGGCAGCGUGUCAGGGGAUACAACACGGCAACAACAAAUGCAACAACACCUGCAGCAGCAACAGCAACAACAACAGCAACAGCCACAGCAGCAGGGAGGUUCUGAGAGUGGUUCAGUGCGCCAGACACCUGCCCACAGCCGCGGGGGAAGCGGGCAGGGUUCAAACCUCGGGUCAGGAAGGAGGCUUAACAUGGGGCGGGUCCCCAUUGCCAAUCUAGCCACCCUCAUGAUGGAGGACUACGGGGGACCAGGGGGUAAAGAGUCUCUGCUCAACCAUCGAGUCAAGGUCAUUGACGAGUGUAAGGUGUAUGACCGUCUCAACAUCAACAAGUUUGUCAUGUGGCCAGACGAGACCAUGCGGCAGAACGGUGGCGCCAGCGGUUGGAAGGGAUGGUCCCCAGCACCCGGAGCCGAGGGACAAGUGGUUCAUGUGUGGGUACCCUUUCACAUGGACCAGGCCAGGCGCUCUCAUGUAGACAAGACCAUCCUCCUGGUGAAGAUUGAGAACAAGUUUGUGCCUAUAGCUGAUAGUGGGGUGUUGGACCAAGGCCCUGAAGUACACUUAUAGCCUCUGUGAGGAUGUAGUGCUUGUAACAAAUUCUGAUUCCCUUAAUACCUUACCUGUUAUUUUGUCAUCUACGCAGUUUGCGCCAUUAGUUGAUACAAUUGUGGGACCAGGUCUUUGGUGUUAUUUUCACCACGUGUUUAUGAUGAAAUCUACCUUAUUAGUAGCUUGUGCAACCAAGGCAAAUAGUGUCUCUGUUUGAAUAUUAAGAUCCUCGUUCGGCACAGCACGUAAGAAUCCUGGUGAAUUAGAAUAUGGUGGGUAGAGUGCUACGGUCGAUACUAAUGAACGCUGCAUUUUGAUGACGAUUUUACUGCUGCAAUGUUAAAAACAAAUUAGGAAUCUACUUAUAUUUUUUAGCCACCUGUUAUUAUUUGUAUAGUGAUACUGUCUUUAAUUCAAAGAAUAAUUGCUCCUAGGUGAAUACAGUUUUCAUUUCUGCAAUAAGUAACACAAGCAGAGAGGAAUUCUGCUUAAAAUACUUAAGAAAUUAGUGAUUUAGUAUGAAUUAUGUUUAUGUGUAGUGUACAUUGUGUAGGUGUUAUUGUCUCACUCACAUUUAUGAUAUUUGACAAUCCCUAAAGAUAUGGUUGCAAAUAUUCAGAGUUGAAUUAUUUUUUUGACAGAUGUAAAAAUCAUCUCUUAAAGGGAAAGUUGAGUUCUGUUUUCAGACCGCAAAUGCCUUCAAAGUGCAUGGUUAUUGC